CUGCUAUAUAUAUUUGCGCGCAAUAAUAAUAUAUAUAGCCAUGACGCAAUCUACUACUUACUAUAUACAUGCACAUAUGGUAUGCAUUAUACAAUGUUAUAUACAAAUACAGUCGAUGACAUAUGCGGCCAGUUGCGCGCAGUUUGUUCUGUAUACCGGCAUGAGUACAGCGAAUGAUCAUAGUCAACUAUUUUAGAUCACAAUGGAAAAACCUUCAAAUAAAGAGGAAGAAAUUAGUGCAGAAUUUGCACUUAGUGAUGCAUUGGAUAACAUUUGUCAGUAUUUUAAAAUAAGAGACUUAAUUAACGUUUCAUUAGUUUGCAAAUCCUGGCAAGAAACAGCAAAACGAGAAAUAGCAAAAAGAGGACCAGAACGAGUUUUGAUACCACAUAUUUAUUGUAGCGAUAUCAGAAAUGGGAACUCAAGUUUUCAUGUGUAUGAUUUCUUAAGCGCGGAACCAUAUGUAGCUAUAUUAUUUGUUGGACCAAGUUUAAGAGAACGCAACAAUGAAAGAAUACUAGAAUUUAAAAUUUUACGUGCAUAUAAAAAGUACUUUCCGCAUCAUUUAAUAGCUGUAGGUGUCGAUGAAUCUAUGAUGGACGAAGAAAUCAUAAAUAGUUGUCCUGGUAUGUUAGGAGCACCUAAUGGUAUCCUUGGAUUAUUCUUACCAAAGCAUCGAGAUUUGACAAUUAAAGUUGCAUCAUGUAUCUAUAACAGAUCUGCUUCUUAUGCUGAAAAAAUAAUUGAAGAUAUAUCACCAGAUGAUAAGCAGUUAAAAUCCACAUUAAUUAUCUUUUGUAAUUCUUACCAAGGUUAUUCUUUAGCAACACAAGUUCUGAAACAUAUUAAAAAAAGAUUUGUACAAAAAAUGUACACUUUGUGGGGUGGUGUUUUUGAUGAUGACUUAAAAGCAAUUGACUGCCCAACAGUAGACAGUAUUGAUAAUCCAAAAACAGCUAUAUUUGCUUUAAGUAUAACAGGAUCAAAUCUUGAGUCUUGGUCUGUUGUUAUAGACUGUAGAAUUAAAAAACAAGAAGUAAAUGAAAAAUUAUUUUAUUUGCGAGAUAAUUUGAGAUUACGACGACGGACAAUAGGCUUAGCUUGUGGUCCUCGAUACGUAGAAGAUUUAAGCAAAAAUUCUCAUGAAAAUAUGUAUCUGAAUAGUCACGAAUUAAUGCAUGUCAUCAAGAAGAUCUUUUCAAGAAUCCCUUUUAUUAGUAUAUUCAAUUAUGGAUAUCAUAGUCAUUUUGGAGUUGAUUCAAUCAGUGAUGAUGGCAAACAAGAACUCGCUCAUCAAAUGGCUAUAUCUUUAAUGAUCCUAACUUAUGAUUGAAUGCCUUACUGGUUAAAAAAUGUGAUGAUCCAAGUGUCUUUGUAUGUAUGUCUUUGUAUACAAAAAAUGUCAAUAUUUUAUACUUGCAUUUUUUAAAUUAUUUAUAUUUUUACAAUUUUUUUACUUAGCAAUUUAUAUAUUUAUAAAAUUAAUAUAUAUUUAAACAAUGUUUACUCAACUAGAAGUGAUUAUACGCAAAUUGUCUAUUUAUUGUUCAGAAAUUUAAAUAAAGUUACAAAAGUUACAAGAAUCCAGUUUUUGUGUUUUGUGUAACUAAUUUUUAGAAGGAAGAAAAAUAUGAUCGUGUUAUUUAUUUUUAUUAUAAAAAUUUUAUGAAAUUUUAAAUUUUUAUUUCCAUUUUAUUAGUUAAAUAAUUAAAUAAAUACGUAUAAUUGCGUUUUAAAUUUCAAUUUGUUACAACAAUUUAUCAAACAAUUUUAAUAUAUCAAAAAACGAUGUUUAAAAACAACAAAGACAUCUAGAGGCAAAUGCUAUUUAUAAAAAUGGUUCAAUGUUGAUCUCUAAAGAUGUACAAGGAAUAGUUAGUCCAAAUUUAGUAAG